UCCGUGCCUAGCAUUGCUCUACUUUGCUGUGCGUUUGUGUAUAAAACGUCUCUGACCAAUUCAGUAAGAUGCUCAGGGUAAUUCAAAGAACUCGUGGAUUGACGUAUUGUCGUUACAAGCAUUCGAAGUCAGGGAACAAACAGGUCGAUGACACCCCGAAGAAAAUCCCAUGUUUGGUAAAAGAAGAAGACAUGGUAAAUGAUUGGAUCGGUCCAUCUGAUCCGGUGUCCAACCUGAGACCUAUAAAGUUCCACGUUAGUAAAGAAGAUUCCCCCCUUGCCAAAAGUUACAGGUCCCAGCGACAAGAAACACAAGACUGGAAUCAGGAGUUUUGGUCUGAACAUAACACGGAAUUCUAUGAGAUGAAAGAGAACUUUGUGAAAAAGCGACUAGAAGAAAAGCAGGAGGAAGGGUCUGAUUCUGAAACUUUAUCUGCAGAAGAAAUGUCUGUUUUCUACAAGAAGUUCCUGGACAAUCACUACAAACUCCACAUGAAUUACAACAGGGAAUGGUAUGGGAGGAACUUCUCAUUGUUAUGGCCAGCCUUUAAACUCAAUAUGGAAAAGUUCACAAAAAGAUUCAGGAAAUAAUACAUAAAAGUUGACAAUAUUGUGGAGCAACAUAAACACUAUUCAUAUAGACUCGGAGAGUUUGGUAUCAACCAAGACAAAUAUCAGAUUAUUCUGAAAGCUUCUGUCAGAUGAUACAAAUAUCAGCCAUUGAUAUAUAGUUGGCUUUCAGUGCCGGAAAAAACAGAAAUGGUGUGGACGUGGAUUCUGUGGAGUUGUCUACUUCACGGUGUAGGUUGUGAUCAGUGUUUGCACAAAUCAGGAAAAAAUACAAGUUUAUAGUUAGAUUAUGUAACAACCGUAGUUCAUGCCAAUGAUACACGUAAAAUGUAUUGUAUACAUACAUACAUUUUGUCUUCAAACGUAUACAAGAAAAUGGUUGAGAAUCUUGCAACACAUCAAACAGACCCAAUAAAUUGUUGAUUUUAUCCUGUUAAA